CAGAAGACAAGAUGCAAGCAUCAGCUUCCAAAGACAAGAGACGAGGAGCUCCGGCCAGCAAAGAAGAACGCCCUGCAGCUGCAGAAGACCCUGAGUAUGAGAACAUCACCUUGACCUUCAAACACCGGGACCAGUCCAAGGGCCGUGAUAAGCUCCCCAAGAAUUCAGGUCCAGUCCAGAGGGGACAGCCCUCAGCCCUGGCUCCGGUUCCUGGCUGGCUCUACCGGGCUGUUCUGAGCCUGUACAUCCUCCUGGCCCUGAUAUUUCUCUUCUGCAUCAUCCUGUCCGCCAUCAUCCUGGUCAAGAACUCUGAGAUGUCCCGAGAGCUGCUGGAAUUGAAGACGGAGCUGAAUAACAUUUCCAGCGCGGUGCGAGUUUGUCAGGAAGAGCUAAGGGUGGGCCAGGGCUCGCUCCUGAAGGCCAUCCAGGCGACCCAGCAGUCCAUCGGUGCGGAGCACAAAGUGGUCAGCGGCUACAGCAGCAAACUGGACUCGAUUGUCAAAGACACAAGCUACAUCAAGUCUAAAGUCAACACAAUCUCCCAGAACCUGGAGAAUCCCAGACCACCCCCACCCCCAGCGCCCUCCUCUGCGUAAAUGAAGACCACCAAGUCCUGUGUGUCAGCCUGGAGGACUUGGUCAAU